AUGGUUGUUGCUAUGGACCAGCGUAGCAAUGUGAACGGAGAUUCCGGCCUCGGAGCCGGGAAGGGAGAAAGGUUUGAUCCGAGCGCACAACCGCCGUUUAAGAUCGGAGACAUAAGGGCGGCGAUUCCGAAACAUUGCUGGGUGAAGAGUCCUUUGAGAUCUAUGAGCUACGUUUUCAGAGACAUUAUCGCCGUCGCGGCUAUGGCCAUCGCCGCCGUGUAUUUAGACAGCUGGAUCUUUUGGCCUCUUUAUUGGGCCGCCCAAGGAACCCUUUUCUGGGCCAUUUUCGUCCUCGGCCACGACUGUGGACAUGGGAGUUUCUCAGACAUUCCUCUGCUAAACAGUGUGGUUGGUCACAUUCUUCAUUCCUUCAUUCUCGUUCCAUACCAUGGUUGGAGAAUAAGCCAUCGGACACACCACCAGAACCAUGGCCAUGUUGAAAACGACGAGUCUUGGGUUCCGUUACCAGAAAAGUUGUACAAGAAAUUACCCCACAGUACUCGGAUGCUCAGAUACACCGUGCCUCUCCCUAUGCUCGCUUACCCUCUCUAUCUGUGGUACAGAAGUCCUGGAAAAGAAGGGUCACAUUUUAACCCAAAUAGUAGUUUAUUUGCUCCAAGCGAGAGAAAGCUUAUUGCAACUUCAACUACUUGUUGGGUGAUUAUGUUGGCCACUCUUGUUUUUCUAUCGUUCCUCGUUGGUCCAAUGACUGUUCUUAAAGUCUAUGGCGUUCCUUACAUCAUCUUUGUGAUGUGGUUGGACGCUGUCACGUAUUUGCAUCAUCAUGGACACGAUGAGAAGUUGCCUUGGUACAGAGGCAAGGAAUGGAGUUAUCUACGUGGAGGAUUAACAACUAUUGAUAGAGAUUACGGAAUCUUCAACAACAUUCAUCACGACAUUGGAACACACGUGAUCCAUCACCUUUUCCCACAAAUCCCUCACUACCACUUAGUCGAUGCCACGAAAGCAGCUAAACAUGUGUUGGGAAGAUACUACAGAGAACCACAGACGUCAGGAGCAAUACCGGUCCACUUAGUGGAGAGUUUGGUCGCAAGUAUUAAGAAAGAUCAUUACGUCAGUGACACUGGUGAUAUUGUCUUCUACGAGACAGAUCCAGAUCUCUACGUUUACGCUUCUGACAAAUCGAAAAUCAAUUAA